AACUUGUACGAAAUUUGUCUUUAUUGGAAACAAGGAAACGAUGGCUAACUUAGACAGGGUAUUCAAACGGUUACCAGAAGAUGUUGUAGAAUACAGUAUAUUUCCCCAAAUUCCAAAUGAUUUACACGCUGAUGCAAUAAAGAGGUUUCUUGACAAACAAAUCGAUGACAUAUUAGCUCAUCUUAGUGAUCGAAUUGUUAAUUAUAUUUGGCAACACGAAUCUUUUAACUUGAAGCCCGUUAUCAAUAUCAGUUCACAAGAUUCUGUACCUCCACAUCUUCAUGGUAGCACAAAUUUUGGUGACAAUAUUGAUGAUGAGUGGUUCAUUGUGCAUCUUCUCUAUGAGAUAACCAGAGAGUUUGCAGGGACUGUGGUUAGAGUCAAUGACAACGAUGAAGAAUUUCUAUUGAUUGAAUGUGCUAAUGCCUUACCAAAAUGGUUAGAUCCUGAAACUGCUGAAAAAAGAGUAUAUGUUUACAAUGGAGAUCUGCAUUUCAUUCCAAUACCUCAGUCACCAGAGGAGUUUGCUUCAUUACCAUUAUUCACACCAACUCUUGCUGAGGCAGUUGCCUGUGUCAGAGACUGUACAAGUGAUACUAGAUGCAAUCAGUCGAUACAAAAUUUGAUCAACAAGAGAUUAUCUAAGUUUCCUAGAAAAGUUACAGAAAACAUACACUAUGUGAAUUGUUUUCUCCCUACACCGCUAGCUGUUCUCCUGUCAGAUCAACCAUCUCUAGUGUCUGCUGGUGUCAGAACAUUCUAUUACAGGGAACCACUGGAGCUUAAAGCCUGUCGUCCAAUGAAACAUUUCAAACCAGAUGACCUUGUAAGAACACGAGUCAAAAUGACUAGGUGUUUAUAUGCUCAGUUAGCUCAGCAGCAAUUUACUCCUGAUAAGCGCAGUGGCUGGACUGUAGUUAGUCCCUCUAACCCAGAGUUUCUGGAGAGAGAUAUUGGUGUUAAGCUGGCUCAUGGUUUUGAAAUACUUUGUUCCAAAUAUAAUGACUUGGAUAACUCUGUGGUGAAUGGUGAACACUGGGACGAUUCUAAUCAGAGGUGGCAGCACUUUAAGAAAUCCAUAACAAGCAAAGGAUUUUUUAAGGGAGAAAUUGAAGGCUCCAAGUUGUAUAGGAAACUUUUGGAAGAGGCCAAACAAUUUUUCAAGUCUCAACUCAUUGGUGAAAUGGGUGAUGAUAGUAUAGGUAAAAUAAUAGUCCAACAUAUCAAGAGGCUUGCACCUAAGUUUGAUGAGUUUAGAAAGACAGAACAAAACCUGUUGCCUUCUGAUGAUGAUAGUUGGAUGAACAUUACACCUGAGCAAGUUGAUGACAUGAUGAAAUCUUCUGGAGCUUUCUCUCCAUCUGACAGAACUGAAAUGUUUGACUUAAACAAAGUUGCAGAGAGUAUGACAGCCUUUGUUGAACAUGAGUCUGGCCUAGAAGGCGCAGAGUUUCCCAAAGAGUCAGCAGAAGAUGGUGAUAACCAGUUUGAAGGUGGAGGAUUAAUUCAAGCUAUGCAAAAAAUUUUUGAUUUCCCUGAUGAAGUGGAUUCAUCUGGUUCAGACAUGAGUGAAUAUGAUUGGUCUGAUGGGUCAGAUGAUGAGCUGGGCUCACCCACCAAAAUGCCAACCAUCAUGAAAAAGAGCAGUCUGAGUAAACAAAAAGGAAAAAAAGAAAAGCCAAAAUCUGUUCAUUUUAGUCAUGCAGAUAGCCAAUCAUCAAAAAUGGACAAACCUGGCCCGACAGUCAACUCAGACAGACCCUCUUGUCCCCCACCAGAUAGACCUUCAAAUAUUGUGGUGCCCGAGUUAAGCACACAACCUUUAGAUCAUCCUGUACGUCCACCUAGAUCUAAGACUUGCAGCAAGCCUUCAACCCCACCUCCACCUCCGCCACCAUCUUCCAGUGAAAGUAAAAGGGACAAAAAGCUUGAAAUAUUAAUGGAUGCAAUGGAUAGAGAACUAGCAGCUACAGACGUUGGAAAAAGCUUUGAAAGAAUGCCUAAACCAGAGAAACCUAAAAGACCUCCCCCACCAGUACCAAGGGGAACAACUAGCUCAAAGAAAACAAAGCCUAAGGUUACAAACAGAAAUAUUGAAGAUGAAGAUGAUGAUUUUCAGCCUGUUAACAUUGACCUGAAUGUGGUUAAGAAUACUUUAGAAUCGUUCAAAGCUCAACAGGGUUUACCUGGUCCUGCUUCCAAUAUUUUGGCUGGUUUUGGUAUAAAAUUGCCACAGGACAAGGUCAAUGGUAAAGCGUAAUUGUAACACCAUGCUUCAUUCAACUGAAAUACGGUGUUGCACAGUCAAUCUUUUUUUUUUAGGACUAAUUUCAACUUAAGGGUUAUCAACUAUUGGUAGAGCACAUAGGAUAUAAAUAUUUCAAUGUUUUUGAAAUACACAUUUUGUCUUUACAAUCUUUUGGAGUUUUAUACAAUUUACAAUGUAGUAUAUGUUACCAAAAUGUUGUUAAAAAAGGACUAUGAUGACAGUACCUGAAAACAUCACUUGGUGAAGUGCAUCACUGGAAAGAAAAAAAAGCACCAUUUUCUAAAAUGAGGUGUACAAGAUGAAACUGGAAGUAACAUACACACCAACCAGAAGAAGUUUAAACUCUAUGGAGACCCAUAUAAAGUAGCAGAAUUUAUUUAUUAAAAAACUCAUUUCAUUGGUCACCUUGUAAUGAAAAAGUCAAAUAGUGUGUUUCUGAAAACCAAAAGGCAUGUGACUAAACAGCUACAGUUGGAGUUCAGUGAUGCAGACAGAUAUCUUGGUAGAGAUUUAAACUGAAAGAUCUGUUCAAGCAAACCAGGCCCCUCCAUGAGCUGUAGCACCGUAGGGAUGGAUAGACUUGUGACCAAUGUAAACUUAUAGCUUGCCGAGAAAUCAUCUGGUUUAGUAUAGUAAAGAAAUUCAUUGACUUUCACAAAAUGACUAAAACUAAAUUAUGACAACUGAACAAUUUUAUGAUUUACUGUCACAUAUUUUAGCAUAAGUAUUAAUGUCAGAUAGAGCAUUAUUUUUACUUCUAAAUUUAGCAUUCUCAUAUUGUGUCACUGGAUAGGGCACACCUUAUUAUAUAGGCCACAAAAUUGAGAAAUAAACAUUUAAGUGCUGUUUUAAAAAUUGGUAUGAGGAUAGCAAGCAUGUUAUUUUUUUCUUGACAUUUGUAUUAUUGUUAAAUCAUUUUUUAACAUUUCUGUAAAGUAUUGUUUGGAAUACAGAUAAUUGAUUAAUCACUUAUUAACUUCCUGCUUUGACUUUCACUUUUGAUUUGUACAGAUUUCAAGAAUCAGUUGUACAGAAUGUCUCAACAAUAUCCCUUUUUUUUUAAAUGUCUAGUCAUUUUCUAAAAAGAAAACUUUCAAAAUUGUACAAACAUCACCAAAUAUGAUUAACAUUUAGUUUUGUUACAGAACUGAUGUCAACACUAUCCAUCUACUGAAGUUUUUGAUUUGAAGACACUGAUCUUGUAAUAACUAGUACUAUAGAGUUUACAAUCUGUUUUUUCUUCAGAUAAUUUUGAACAUGUUAUUGAGGGGAAGUAGAAGCCUUUCUAGGCAGUCAAAUGACUGACCCAUUCUACUACUUAAUGAACCUUGUUUUUACUGGCAUCAACAAACAUUCAGUAUUACUUGAUUGUGUAAGCCAUCUAUUGGUUUUUAAUUUUAACAUUUCAAGAAGUAUGAAACAAAUAUUUUUUUGAGACUUGAAGCUUUGUGAAGCUUCUUUUUAUUUAGCUUUUCUCAAAGUAUAUCUCUGUCUUGUCCAAUGCAAUGCUAUGUAUUAACUUGUAUGUUACACACACACACACAAAAUCCAAAAUAUUGGACUUGGUCUACUUACAUUUGUAUGGCACCACCCGGUAAUUUGCUAGCAACUUUUAAAAGCUGGUAAUCUGCCAAAACUGGUUGUUAGUAAAAGUAGAGCACAUUUUGUGGAACAUGUUUUUAAAGUUUAAGCUUUGUAAGGAAAUCAUUGACUUUACAUGACCCUUCACCCUUCCCAUUGCUAUAAAACACUCUACUACACAGACAUGACGAUUUGUAAUUAUUCUCUUUCAAGUUGUUUUUUUUUUUUUUUUUUUUUUUUCCAAUUUUGUCUUUUUUUUUUUGCUGUUGGUCCAUGAAAAAAAAUUCUAGCCAUAAGCAAACCUGUUGGCCAUCUUUCAAGUUCUUCAAAACAUUCUUGUCUUUGUACUAGACCAGCUUCAAAUGAUGAGAGAAACUUAAAAUUACUUAACAUUGUACAGAAGUAUUUGAGAAGAAAAUGGUGAAAUGAGAUUCCAUAUUGGAUUCCUUUAUGCAAAUUUAGUAGCAGCAUAAUCAACAACAUGAUUGAUAUAGAGUUUCCGUCAUUAAAUGUUAUGAUAUAACAGUACUUAAAGACAAUGAAAUCUACAAUAAUUCGUCAACAUCUGUUAUUGUAUUCAUUUUCUGUCCGGUAAUGAGCUUUAGACCAUCCCCUACCAUCCUAAAGGAGGCUUGUACUACUACCUUUAUAACUGAAUAAAUGUCAGACAUUAAAAAAAAAAAAAAAAAAAGAGAAAACAAAA